UUGGUGACCUGAGUUGUGGGGAUGUUCAGCUGUGGGCUACAGAUCGAUGUAAGAGUGGUAGUGCCAUCAUGGUGUACAGGCCUAUGGAAGGUGCAGUGAUCCAUGGAAUUUGCAAACUGCUGACAAUGAGACAGGCGAGUGUUACUGAGGCGACGGAGUCAUUCCUGCAUGUUAUUACGACACGGUUACACAAGGCAUCAGGUACUGCAAAUCUGCUACGCCAGGAAGUGUGCCAGCUGAAGGCAUGCAAGGGUGCUGAUAUUUCGCAAGCAUGGCAACAAAUGCUGUCCGUCAUCGCAACAGCUAUUCCCGAAGUGAAAAUCAAUUGUGAAGAUUUGGAAGUUACAUCUGCAGUGCUAGCGAAUCUGAUAAGCUACCUGCAUGCCACGGCUGCCGCUGCUAUCAGGAAAGCGUCAAUAGCACCAUCCAAAGCUGCUGAAGCCAUCCCCGAACCGGUGAUUGACGAUUUGUCUCACCUUGCUGAAAAGUACCAUGGUGGUUGGUGCUUGGUGGCCGUGCGGCGUGAGCUGGAAGGAGCAAGGUGUCGCAACGACAACUUGCUGCAGCUUAUACCUUUAUUUGGCAAGGAUGCCGUGACAAGCCUUCAGCCUUGUUUGGAGAAUUUUGGAGCCAUUCUCCAAACAUCUGAGCAUCAAGCGUUGCCCAGAAAUGACCAACCGCUCCGUGAAACCGCCGAUAGUGUGACUUUCGUCGCACAGAACCUUCUUCAGUUGGUCAGGUGACUCGGCGUGGCUCGGAAGCUCUGUAUAAGACAAAAUACGACACAGAUAAAAACAACUGAACCAGUGA